AUGGCGUGCCGCAUGUUCCCUAAUUAUAUCGAAAACUCGACGUUUCGAGCUCUCAAGCACGCUGGUAAUUUCGAUAUCCUCGUCAUCGAGGGUGAUGCGAUGUAUACUUCACACAUCGUACGAGAUGAGUUCUCCAUCUUGGCUCCAGCACCUACCUGGGCGCCGCGGCGUGCUGUGCUGACAACGCUAUCAAACAACAUCAGGCAGAGGCAGGCCAAGAGGAAAUUAACCUUCGAGGAGCCUGAAGUUAGCGGCGAAGAGGAGGAGGAGGUGCUCACUCAAUCAAAGAAACGAGCUGUAAUGGACGAGGACUCCUCACUCGUGCCGUUAAUGAAGGAGGUGGAGGCUGAGUUGGACUUUGUCCAACUCAUCAACAAAUCGCAGCCGAAACCGUGGGUGCCGCUGCGAGAGUUGAAGGAACGCACUCCCUACCCCAUAGUUGCUGCGAGGGAGGACACAAACCAGCACGGUCGGCGUGUAAUUUUAAAAAUAAUCAAUGCAGGAAGCAAAUGUGAGGUGUAUCUACCUCAAAGAUUUGCUUCCUGCAUUGAUACGCCGAAGAUUGAACAUUUCAACAAAAAUUGCAAACAUUAUGUGUUAGUAGUAACACAUAAGUCUCCAAAUUGGACAGAUAUAAAAAUUGUUAAUGCUUAACAAUUUUUAUAUCUGUAUACAUAUGACCUAUGUGUUACGAAUUGUAUAGAUGUAUGUGUGAAUAUAGAUAAA